AAAGAUGGCGGCUGUGCAGGUGGCCGGGGCGCCGCUGUGCGGUGCCCGGGAGCCGCCGCCGGGCCCCGGGAGCGGAUUCCGCCGCCUGUCGGCCCGCCUGGGCUCGCUGCGCCCCGCGGACAGCAGCUCCGCCCGCACCGAGAUCCACCUGCUGUUCGACCAGCUCAUCUCCGAGAACUACAGCGAGGGCGGCGGGAGCGUCACGGCCGAGGAUGUCAGUGCCUUACUGGUCCAGGCCUGUCGAUUAGUCCAUCUUAAUCAGGAACAUCUAGUCAGCAAAGUUUCUCAGCUUAUUCACCAUCUGCUUAACAGAUUGCAGGUGAUUGUUGCUGAGCAGAAUCUAGAUUUCCUUUUGGCCUACACAAUCUCUGCUUUUCAACAAUGUAGUUCCUGGACACACAUGGAAAUUCUUCAGGCCUUGUCUGCUCUGGUUUACUACAACGGCCCCAAAUGUCAGAAGUACCUUCCAGACUUGCUUGGGGAGACUGGAAUCUUGGUGAAGCUGAGCAAUCCCAGCCAGUCAGACCCUGACCUCAGCAGAGCUGCAGUGCACUGUAUGGCCAACAUAUGUCUCAGUGUCCCAGGACAGCCAUACUUGGAUGAACCUUACCGAAAUGUCUGCUUUCAAACUUUCUUAACUAUUUUACAGUCUUCCAAAGUGUCUGGUAUGGACGAUAUCACAUUUUGCAUGCUGUUACAAAAUGCACUGAAAGGUCUCCAGUCCCUUCUGAAUGGGGGUAAGAUGAAGCUCACACAGACUGAGCAGCUCGGGUCUCUUCUGGCUGUAUUAAAGAAAUAUAUGUUUCACGGGCUUCCUGGAUUGAACAUAGAGAUGCCUGCAGUUUUAUACCCGGCUCCUCUUCCUCAGUAUGAUGGGCGAUCACCUGUCAGACAGGAGCCAAUGGAAAUGAACCCUUCAAAACCAAUAGUGAAUAAAAGGAAGAAGGCAAAAGGCAAACAAAAGAAAGGCCAUCAAGGAGAGGAACUGAAAGAACCCAAUGGGGAGAUUGGAGCAGGUGCUGCCAGUGCCCUGGGCAAGCUGACACUCCACGAAGGGAGCGCCGUGGGCUCUGCUUACCUGAGCACCCCGAGCGGGGCUCCCGAGGGGAGCAGCCCCACGGCCCGAGACCGAGCCUCUUCCUGUCUCAGCUCUUCCCCAUGGAAGAGGGUUAGCAGCAGCGAAUCGGACUAUUCGGAUGCCGAGGGUGGCCUGCAGAGUAAAAUGAGAUCUUACCAAGCCAAAGUCCGCCAGGGAGCUUUAGCUUGCUUCCUCUCCACGAUAAAAUCAAUAGAAAAGAAAGUUCUCUAUGGCUAUUGGUCUGCUUUUGUUCCGGAUAUACCCGGCAUAGGAAGCCCACAGUCUGUGUCCUUGAUGACGAUUUCAUUAAAAGAUCCCUCUCCAAAG